AUGCACGUUUCACUGCUUCUCACCGCAGGCAUAUUCGCGCCCUUCGCGGUCUUCGCGUCGCCAUCCAAUUUCGAUGGAAGUCUCCACAAGAGGGAGAAUCUGUGCCACCUGAAGACCCCUCCCGUUCUCUGCCAACCCAACUCCUCCGUCACUGUAGAGGAGACGGCUCAACGAGCGUAUCAGUUCUACCGUGCAUUCGUGGUGGACGGCGAUCCCAGGACUAUGUUUUCGCUCAUCGAUUCAGUUUACAAACAAAAUACGCCGGGAUAUGCAAGCGGUCCGAACACCAUUUGGCCUCUCUUCUGCGGCGGCAGAAAGAUAGGGACUGAGAAGAAUACGGCGUGGUGUUUCGAUGCUUCCACCAAUAUGUCGUAUGCCCGAUACUCUACAACGGAUAGAUGGCGCUGGGUUGACGGCUGUGUGCACGAACAUUGGGACCAGGGCGAAAGAAUCCCCUCACAAGAGAAGUGUUACAAAUUGCCAACCAAUGGAACGACGGUCUAG